AGUCAUUUACGGUAUUGCACAUGCGCUUUCAAUAUGGCUGCCAAUCAAGGUUAUUCUUCUCAAGGAUAUAGCCAGAAUCCUCAAUCAGGAGGAGGUUAUUCUGGAGGUGGUUCAUCUUAUGACAAACAAGGCUAUGGCUCAUAUUCACAGGGUCAACCCCCGCCUCCCACUUCUCAAGAUGGCUAUGGAUAUCAGUCGUCCAAUCAAGGAGGCAGCUAUGGCAACCCUCCUCCUUCCCAAUAUAAUCAAGGAGGGGGAGGAGGAGGACCUACUGGAGGCUCCGCCCCUCAGAAUGUCGGCUAUGGACAGCAAAAGAGUGACGGGGGGUCUGGAGGGUAUCGUUCUGACCCACAGUAUCCUUCUCCUGGAGGUCAUUAUGACUACCCUCCCCCACCUCCUCGUUCAGACUAUGGCGGCGGCGGUGGUGGCAGUGGUAGAGGGGGCUACGGUGGAUACGGGGACAGAGGAGGGUACGGUGGUUAUCGGGGAGGGAGCAAUGGCGGUGGGCGUGGCGGCGGGUACAGAGGAGGGCGUGGCGGAGGGAGAGGAGGCUAUCAAUCGGAAGGAAGAGAUGGAGGGUAUAACUCAGGAGGUGGUGGUGGUGGUGGUAUGGUGAAGAAAACAAGAGACGAUGCUGUCUUUGUGACUGGAAUAGCACUCGAUGCGACUUUUGAAAACAUUCGAGAUGUUUUCAGCUCAGUAGGCAACAUCAAAGAGGAUCAUCGAACCGGCCAUUUUAUGAUCAAGAUGUAUGAGGAUAAGCAGCGGAAGUUCAAAGGUGAAUGUAUGGUGACUUAUGUAUCAACUGAAGGGGCUGAUGGAGCAAUCAAAUUUUUGAAUGACCACGAGUUAAAUGGGAACAAGAUGAAGGUAGAGUACGCCUCGUAUUUUAUCAACCCUGACGAUUCUUUUGGUGGGCGUGGUCGAGGAAGGGGAGGAGGAGACCGUGGUCGGGGAGGGGGUGACCGUGGUCGAGGAGGUGACCGCGGUAGGGGACGUGGGCGAGGAGGAGGAAGUUUUGGAGGAGGCGGUGGUGAUGAUGGAGGCGAUUGGCAUUGCCCGGAUCCAAAUUGUAAUAAUCUUAAUUUCGCCAGACGAAUGGAAUGUAAUAGAUGUAAGGCACCCAGACCAAUCUCUAAUUUUAAUCGUGGGGGAGGAGGUGGUUUUGACAGCAGAGGAGGAGGUGGUAGAGGAGGAGGAUGGAGAGGAGGAGACAGAGGAGGAGGAGGGGGAGGGUAUCGAGGGAGGGGAGGAGGCUGGGGAGGUGACCGAGACUAUGGAGGAAGUAGAGGAGGGUAUGGCGGUGGUAGAGGUCGUGGAGGAGGAGGGGGUCCUGAUAGGCACAGGAAUGAUGGUAGGUAUGAACGGAGGGAUCAUCCUUAUUAGAUAGCAAGGCUCUUGUGAUUUUUCUCACUCACUCACUUACUCACUGUGUGUGUGUGUGGGUGUCCACUUUUAGCAAAUGUGAUGUGAUUUGCAUGAAACCAUUUGCAUUGAACUUAACACGACAUUUUCUUCUAAUUGUACACACUCACUUGUCAUGCUUGUUUAUUUUUCUUGUCUAACACAACUUUACUUGAGAUUUCAUGAAUGUAUAAAAUAAAUUAUUCCUCAGCAAAAUGCUGCUGCAAUGU